GCGAUCCAGACCUGCUGGAUGAUGAAGCUUGGACCGCAUUACAUGAGCAUGGAGCGGAAGUGGCCUAUCGUGUUAUUUUGGACCUUCGCGGUUUCUACAUCAAGGCAGGCCAAUUCAUGAGCGCACGACCGGAUAUGCUGCCGCAUGCGUAUUUGAAACGGUUUCGGACACUGCAGAGCGAAAUUCCACGAGGGAUGACAGGAGAGGG